AUGUUCGAGACUAGCCAAAAUGACCUGCUGUUUCCCUUGGAAGGUAGUGAUGUCUUCUUCCCAGAGAGCUUGCCUAGCGGAGGUCAGUCACUGGCUGAAGCUUUGCUUCCUUUGGUAGAAUCUCCACCUCUUAACCCCUGGCUCUGCUCCACUCGCUACAAGACUGAGCUGUGCAGCCGCUAUGCCGAAACUGGUACAUGCAAGUAUGCCGAACGCUGCCAGUUUGCUCAUGGACUGCACGACCUCCAUGUGCCCUCCCGGCAUCCCAAGUACAAGACAGAACUGUGCCGUUCUUUCCACACAUCUGGCUACUGCAUGUACGGCAGCCGUUGCCUUUUUGUACACGGCCUGAAGGAGCAAAGGCCGGUUCGACAGAGGCGCAGGAAUGUCCCCUGCCGCACAUACCGUGCUUUUGGAGUCUGCCCCUUUGGCACACGCUGCCACUUCCUGCAUGUUGAAGGAGGUUCAGAAUCUGCUGUGGAUGAGAAGACCUGGCAGCCACCUUUUCGAGCCAGCGAAUGGAAGCCUCGUGGCGCACUUUGCCGUACCUUCAGUGCUUUCGGUUUUUGUCUAUAUGGCACUCGCUGCCGAUUCCAGCACGGCCUCCCCAAUUCAGUAAAAGGCCUAGAAUUAAACAGGGCUCCCUGGUCCCCACAGGUGCCUGGAAGAGCCAUCUCCCCAGCCUCUGAUAUGCACUCUUUCUCACCACCUUCUUCCUCAGUGUCUUUAUCACCUCAAUCUAUGCUUGCCUCACCUACGUUCCCUGAUGACUCUGGCCCAGUCACACCGCCAUCUGCAGAAGUGGCCAACAACGCAUUUACCUUCAGUAGCCAGCAUCUCAGUGACCUCCUGCUGCCACUGGCCUUCAGACUCCAGCAGCUGGAAUGCGCUUCUAAUCUGAACCCACAGAGCAUGCUUGACAAGCCACUGCUUUCUUAGCUUUGUAUUUUAUAUAUCUAUUUUUUGUGUAAAUAUUUGCCUAUUUUGGUAACUUUUUGGGAUCCUGCAGUCUUUAAUGGGGUGGCAGAUUUGGAUGGUUAGAAUUAUUUUUAUUUAUUUUUAUUUUAAGUCUGUCCCAGUGGUGGAAAGGUGAACUUAACAGAUUUAGUCUGUAUGUU